AUCGUAUAGAAGAUAUUGGUUGAGACACCAUUGUUUGCUAUAUAUAAAUUCUUGUCGUCGACUUCGUCUCCGCGACUAUUGGAUCUGCGUCUAUUGAGAGUUGUGAUACUGGUGCUCUGUCCACCCCGAAGCCCUCGCAUCUUUCACACACUGAGAAGCUGAUUACGAGGAGUGUGAACGUGUUUUAUAUUUGGGUUUACUUUCAUAGUAGAUUCACUUGUGAGCACGCCCUCAGCAUUUCACCGUGUCGAGCUCGUAAGAGCUAACUGUGCCACGCAUCCCACGCUGUAGCUUCGUCGGAUCUCGACCGCCAACGCGAGGGUGGAGCUUGAAAACGAACACGCGAGGGUAGACAAGGGCGAUUAAGAGUUGUUCAGGAAAGCAAGGGCAAACUUUGGUGGCCUGUUGUCGUUGGCGACCAGGGAGCAGUAACAAUGCGCGCAAACGUGCACGAAUGCCUCUUCUCCACGCUGCAGAACGCCCGCCGGAUCAAGGAGCAUGCCAUGGUAGAGGUCGUGCGCUGGGUGUGGACUGGCAGGUGCAAGACAGUGUGGAUUAGGGAGUGUUUGAAGUCGUCCGCACACCAUGGUCGCUACACCUUUGUUGGACGUCGCUAAAUAGAAUCGACGGUACAAGAGUCUGCGCCGAUCUUCGUCUGGCAAGGCCAUGAACUGGGAGAUAUCCUUUUUUUCAAUGCUGCCACCAAUGCCUGCUGGAAGUGCCUGAAUCUCCGUUGCACGCAUUCUGGCAUGCCGCGCCAGGUCUUCACGUUCCUCGCGCUUGCGUUUCAAGCUCCUCAAAUUGGCGGCGCCUCGCUCUGCAAGAAUGUUUGCAGCGGCUGCGUGAAUGUCACGCAAUCGAACUGGGGGCACAUUCGAUUCGAUGAAGGCAACGAGUUCAGCCUUGCAUCGUGGGAACCGAGUUGGAUUAUCGAUGCCUUCCUGUGCAAGUGAUAGGAUCUGGGGCACAGUGAGGCCCCUGUUGUCUCAUUCAAUGUCUGGGACGAUCGGCGACAAACAAAUGAUCGAUUCGGGUUCCGCCCGCCUUUCUUCCCUACCACCACCAUGCUCACUGUGACCCCUAGCUUUGAAGAUUCAGCUUUCUAUCUUGGGCGACCAGACGAGGUCCUCGAGAACGUUACUUGGAAGCGCUACAGCGACAGAAACUUGCUGAUUAUAAAGACAUCUGCUGCGUACGCUGAUGUCUCACCCGAAGCCCCUGUCAGCAGCGACAACGAGGACGAUAGCGCCGACCUGGACGCAGAACCGGCGAAUCUCAACUGUGUGGUCACCAUCGGCCACGACGGUUGCUGGAUGACGCCUUGUGGCAAUUGGCCGAUUGGAAGCACAUACGCAAAGGAACUGGCAGCAAUAAGACUCAACUGCCAGGCGCUGGCCCCGCAAGACUCGAAGUACGCGACCCAUUACACACGGACUGUCGACGCGCUGCGCCGCAUCGUGGACCUCAUCAAGACGCCGGGGUAUACGCAGAAAGGGUUCAUGAGCCAAGGGUCAGGUGGAUUCAAAUUGCGCCACAUUCCCUUUGAGCAAGUGAAGCCCGGCGAGCAACUGGUAGAAGGAUCGCACGAUCUGGAAAUUUGGCCGGCGCGUCAACCCGAAGCUCGAAAUGCCAUUCGGUUGAUGCUCAAGGAAGGCUCGCACGUCGUGCAUGGAAUACGAGCGUAUGACCGAGAUGGCAGGCUCAUCGCACCGGAAGACUACAUGUCUAAGCUGCGCGGUGCGACCGUGAUGUUGACGAUGAACCUGUCUCACAUCGCCUUUCAAUCGAAGAAGGAGGAUUUGGUGUCUGCCGAUAUUGUCAAGAUGCGCAUCAUAGCUAACCAGUCUACUGCUCCGAGCCCUUUGAAGCGUGGAAAGCUGGCACUGCAUGACAGCGAAGAUGAAGAAGAGCAGAGCCCGACUAAGAAGAAGCGCUCUGUUUAUGUGGAGGAUAUGAACCGUCCUAUAGUAUCCUACGACGACAUAACGCUUCCUUACGAAUCCUCCUCGUUUGACGCGUCUCAAUCUCCUACGAACGGCAACUCUUCCAGACACUCAAACGGCAACACGAACUCCAAAAAGCGGAAAUGGGGUGGACAGAAUAAUAACAAUCGCGGUCACUCUAAUGCCAGGGGAAAAACUUAUCAGAAUCCCACAAAGUCUCAAGACCUCGAGGAAGACGAGGACAGUCGGUUUCUGACGCAGGAGGAGGCAUGGGACGAUUCAGCUCUCAUUGAUGCAUGGAACGCAGCGAACGAGGAGUAUGAAGCGCUCAAUGGGCCAAGCAAGGGAUGGAAGAACGAGCCCAUCUGCAAAUCCUCCCUAUGGUACAACACCCCACCGUCGGAACCAGCGAAGAAACGACCCAAAACAGAGUCCGACAUUGUACCUGAGCUAACCAAUGGUGGUGAUGGCGAGACCGACUCUACUCCGAUCGAUUUCUCCUCCUUCGUACCGAAUCAUGAUGCGUCACUUGCCGCUCCUCAAGAGGGUGAGACGGCGCCCGGCCCAGUUCCCCUCGCGUCCGCUGCCUACAUGCCCGUUCCUACGGACAUGACCUCCCAAAUUGAUCCCCGUUUGGUCUCGCAGGAUGACGCGUUCUCGCGUGCUCUGAGUGCCAUGUAUUGGGGAGGAUACUGGACCGCCGUCUACCAGUGUCACCGUAGUACAGCGUCGGACGCACGGGUCUUUCCUAGCGUAGGCGGUGAUGAAGGUGUCGAGGAUGAGGACGACAGCGACAGCGAUGAAAGCGAAGAUGAGGUCGACCAAGGGUUUGUUUCAACUCAACGGUGAUCUGAAGCAGAGUCCAGGAGAUGUGAGUAGCCGCGUAAGUAUAUUGCUAUUGCUUCAGAGGGCCUGUUGGACGUGUUCCCUGCUUGAUAUGUAACCCUGGAUACUCACAAUAUUCGGCCGAUAAACCCUGCGAUGAUCCAGUCUGAUUUCAGUGUUGGUCGUACGAGGAAUUGGCGGUGCUAGAUUUCGUCUACACUUCUUGAACUCAAGCAGGACAAGAUCAAAGAAGAUAUGCGAAAGAUUAAAUGGGGCAAUCUUUAUACAACUUGGUUCCUAGGCUUCGAUGUUCGUCCCCGUUACGUGAUCACAUUUGCAUCCCAAAGAGAGAAGAUAUCAUGAUUGCUUGCAGGUCGAGACCAGCAACACUUGCAUAGAAUCGCAUAGCAGCAUAGCAUACAACAAUGGUACCGUGAACUUAGAUCGUGGUCUCGUAUGCGACGGGAACCAUUGUCUGCGGUGUGUUGGAGGCGGUGGCGCUGGCGACGGUGUAGGCCUCACGGGGCAGGGCAGGGAUGCGUUUUAGGUUGAUCCGCUCUGUGUAAGUCAUCAGUAACACAGAACAAGGGGUGUGGUAGGGGCCAGGGUUUUCUGUUGCAGACAACACCAGGCCCAGGCCCAGCGACGAUUAAACGAUGAAUCUACUCACCGCCCUUCUCCUUAGCCUCAACAUGCGCCUCAUGGUUCCGCUUCACACGAUCCAAGAAUUCCUGUCGGCACUUCGAGUGACGGAUGUGCUCAACACGGAGGUUCACACGCUUCUCAAUGUAGCGGUUGCCGACGACCUUGUACACAAUGACACCAACAGCAGAGGGUGUGACGUUGUAGACAAUCCCAGUGCGGCUAGAGAUUAUCAUUAGGUCAAGAUCAAUCGGCGAGGAAGUAUUGGAACGCACCCGUGGUAGUACUUGUGGGGCAUACCCUUUUGCUGAGCGGCAUUAGCCUUGAUGUCGACAAUGUCACCGAUGUGGUAGUUGAUGAGGAAAGUCGACAAUUUUACGGGACCAUGCUCUACAGGUUGCCGGUCAAUCUAGUGUCUUCCUUUUCAAAAUCAGCAGAGACAGACCCUUGAAGCCCCGCUUGAACAUGUGGCGCGUGCGCGCCCGGUAACCGAAGGAGUGCGGCAUCUUGAGGAGGUCGUCGAGCGGAGGGACGAAGGGGGAAAAUUACUUGCGGACUGAGGGGACUGUCGUCACGAGCGUGACGUGGUCUCGUGAUGUGCAGCUGCCUAGCUGCACGGAAUGUGCACGUGCAGCCAGGUCUCUGAAGGUCUGAUCUUUUUCCUCCGUAACCUCCUCAAGACCGCGCCGCCUUCGCGUCAAGAAUGCCCAGGGCCCCGAGAAACCACUCCAAAACCUACAAGGUCUCCCGCCGACCUUUCGAGUCUGCGCGUCUCGACACUGAGCUCAAGCUCGCUGGCGAGUACGGACUUCGCAACAAGCGCGAGAUUGCUCGUAUCGCCCUGAUUCUGUCCAAGAUCCGUCGUGCUGCCCGUGAGCUGCUCAAGCUCGACCCGAAGGACCCUAAGCGUCUGUUCGAGGGCAAUGCCCUUAUUCGUCGGUUGGUGCGGAUCGGUGUGCUUGAUGAAACUCGCAUGCGUCUCGAUUACGUGUUGGCUUUGAAAAUCGAAGAUUUCUUGGAGCGUCGUCUUCAGACCCAAGUCUUCAAGAGUGGGCUUGCCAAGAGCAUCCACCACGCUCGUGUCCUCAUCCGCCAGCGUCACAUUCGUGUCGGUCGUCAGAUCGUCAACGUGCCCUCUUUCGUCGUCCGCCUCGACUCCCAGAAGCACAUCGACUUCGCACUGACGUCACCGUAUGGUGGAGGACGCCCUGGUCGUGUUAAGCGCAAGCGGGCUGCUGCUGCUGCCAAGAAGGAGGAAGGCGGUGAUGAAGAGGACGAGGAGUAGACGUUGCGUUACGUUGAAAACGAUUGCUGCGUCGCAUUAUGUUAUGUACCCAUGCCCCAAUCGAUGCAUAUGGUCUGCCCUCAUUCGUCUUAUCCGCUCACCC